GUGCUUUUUCAGGUGCUUCAGAUAGGAGCCAACUGGUGGCUAGCUCGCGAGGUCCAACCCCUGCACCCAGCAGUGCUCACGUGGCCGGACGUCCGAGCCUACGCCUCCCUCGCCAUCGGCAGCGGCCUCUUCGUUGUCCUCCGCGCCUUCCUCUCCGUGCAUGUGGGGCUGAGGACGGCUGAUGGGUUCUUUCAGGACAUGCUGCAUGCUGUGUUCCGCGCUCCCAUGGCCUUCUUUGACUCCACCCCCACGGGAAGGACGCUUGCCAGGGCAUCAGCGGACCAGAACGCCCUUGACUUGCAGCUCUUCUUCAACUUUGGCUCCGUGCUCAACAACCUCGUGCAGCUUCUGGGAAUCUUCCUCGUCACCGCUGCCGUCACGUGGCCGGUCAUCGUGGUCCUCAUCCCCCUCGCGCUGCUCUACGUGCCGCUGCAGCGCUACUACCUCUCCUCAUCACGCGAGCUCACCCGCAUCGACGGGCUGACCAAGUCGCCUAUUCUCGCGCAUUUCUCCGAGACACUCGCCGGGGCGGCGGUGAUCCGUGCGUUCGCCCAGGAGGAGCGGUUUGAGAUAGAGAAUGCGGAUGCGGUGGACAACAACAUGCGAGCGUACUUCCAUUAUUACGGCGCCAUCUACUGGCUGGGCCUCCGAUUGGAAACGAUUUCUGCUGUUGUGCUUGCGUUCGUGGCAUUCCUGCUGGUGCUCGUGCCUCAGGGGACCAUCGAACCAGAGAAUGCUGAUGCGGUGGAUAACAACAUGCGCGCCUACUUCCACUACUAUGGCGCUAUCUACUGGCUGGGGCUCCGAUUGGAAACGAUCUCUGCUGUUGUCCUUGCCUUCGUUGCCUUCCUGCUGGUUCUCGUGCCACAGGGAACAAUUGAACCAGGAGUUUCCUUGGCCUACGGACUAACUCUCAACAUGGCGUUGGUGAUGACCAUGUGGCAUCUCUCCAACCUCGAGAACAAGCUAGUGGCAGUGGAUCGCAUCCGCCAUUUCUCCGCCAUCCCCUCUGAGGCGCCCCUGAUCGUUGAGGGCAACCGCCCUUCCGCUGACUGGCCGAAUCGAGGCUCCAUCAGUUUUGAGAACCUCCAGAUGCGCUACAGGGAGGCAAUGCCUCUGGUCCUGAAGGGCGUGACAGUGACAUUCAGAGGCGGGGAGAAAGUGGGAGUGGUCGGCCGCACAGGCAGCGGCAAAUCCACCCUCGUUGUCGCUCUCUUCCGAUUGGUCGAGCCAGUGGGCGGCAGAAUCAUGAUCGACGGCGUGGAUAUCUCGACCAUCGGAUUGCAAGAUCUACGGUCCAGAUUGGCCAUCAUCCCGCAGGACCCAACCCUGUUCGAAGGCACGGUUCGGUCGAACCUGGACCCUCUGGGUCGGUACCAUUCCAGUCUGCUCUGGGAGGUGCUGGAGAAGUGCCAGCUGGCAGAGGCGGUAAUGGACAAAGAGGACAAGCUGGACGCCAUUGUGGUGGAGGGAGGGGAGAACUGGAGCGUGGGGCAACGGCAGCUAUUCUGCCUCGCCAGAGCUCUGCUCAAGCGCUCUCGGAUUCUGGUGCUGGAUGAAGCAACUGCGUCCGUUGAUUCCGCCACUGACGCCAUCAUCCAACGGACCAUAAAGGAGAACUUCGCCCGGGCGACUGUGAUCACUGUAGCGCACCGCAUCCCCUCUGUAAUCGACUCCGAUAAAGUGCUUGUGCUGGAAGCAGGUAGAGUGGAAGAAUUCGACUCACCUGUGCGGCUGCUGGCCAAUAAGAGAUCACUCUUCUCACAGCUAGUCGCAGACAAUCCCCCAACACCCCUGCUGCAGCCUUCCUCACAGCAACAGCCUUCGCGAGCCCACCAGCAAAGGCUUUUCCUUCUCUCCUUGCCCUCCCCUUACCCCUCACCUUCCCCUUCCGUCUCCCCUCUGCGCCCACCCUCCAGCCAGCUAUCCCCCAACACCAUUGCUGCAGCCUUCCUCACUACCCCUGCUGCAACCUUCCUCAACACCCCUGCUGCAGCUUUUCGCGACACCCCUGCAGCCUUCCUCACAGCAACAGCCUUCGCGAACCCACCAGCGGUUAUUAAAGCCAUCCCAGCAGCAAUAGCCCAGCCGGUAUUACCAAGGAUCGCGAAUUUAGGGGUGCUGACGAAGUUACCAACGAUGAAAAAUGCAGCAGUGCUGGCGAAUGCAGCAAUACUGGCGAAUUCAGGGGUGCUGGCGAAACUGGCUCAGUCACCACGCCCCGUCAAUGUCGCUUCCCGGCAGAUUUGCUCACCUGGAGUUGCAGAGCAGCUGUUCCCCUUGCCAGCGGCCCUCUCUCCUGCCCGCUUUGCCCGUGCGGGUUUUUUCGGGCAGGUGAACGGUCCUGUGAACAGUUUCCCGGGCAGGGGUGCUUGCUCAGCUGCAGCAUCCAACGGUCACGAUGCUUCUGUCAGUGUACUCGAUGCUGAAGGAUCCGCUUCUGUUAUAACCACCAUUGAGACAGAUUCUACAACAAUGAGUAUUGCAGCCUCUGCUGAUAUCGAGUUAGCAGUAACGAGUAUGACAGGUUUGCUGGAGGAGGCGGGUGGGCGGGGGAAGGGGCGGAGGGGGAGGCCAAAAGGGAGUGGGGAGAGGGGAACACGAGGGGAGGGAGGGGGAAGGGGGAGGGGGAAAGGAAAGCAGCUGACUGUACAGUUGGAGAAUGGUGAGGAAGGGGGGUUGGUGGGGGAAGGAGGGGAGGAGGGGAGAGUGGCAAGUGGAAGCACGGAAAAGGACUCUCCAGUUUUUGCCUUCUGCACAACUGGUGGUGAUUCCGUCAUGAGUGAUCAUAACGGGAGUAAAUCUAACAGGAGUGACUCUAGCAGGAGUGAGUGUAACGAGAGUGAUUCUAGCAGGAGUGAGUGUAACGGGAGUGACUCUAGCAGGAGUGACCACUUUUACAGCAGUGGUGACGCGGUGGGUGACGUGGUUGUGGUGACGAGAACUCGGGGCAGAAGAAAGGUUGUGGAGCUGACCGAAAAGAAAGAGGGCGUGGAGAGGGAAGGGGCGAAAGUCGAGAACGCAAGUCAGAAGAAAGUCUGCAGUGGUGACAGAAAAAAAGUGGGGGGGAUGGAGGGGGAGGGAGAGGGGGAGGGGGAGGGGGAGGGGAAGCAGAAGGGAAGGGGGAGGCGGAAAAGCAAGAAGAUGGAAGGCAAUGGAGAGGAGGAGAGGAGAGAUGACAAGGCAGGAGAUGACAUGCAGAUGGGUGUGAGGGCAGGCAGAGCAGGUGCUGUGUGUGCUGAUGUGGGGGACCCUGUAUGUGGCGAUGUGGCGAUUAACCUUCCAGAUGGCGGGGAUGGCACCUCGCUCUUGAAAUUCCUCCAAAACCUUGCGCUAGAAGCGACUGGCAGCAGCGACACGGAGGGCGAGAGGGUGCCGCAUGUACCGGCACCCACCGCACUGGACCCCAUGGAAUCGCGCAAGAGAGCGUGGCACGCUGAACUAUCCCAGAGGCACGCAGAGGGGGCUGUCAUUUUGGGUGUGGACCCUGACGUGCUAGGAGCCGUGGCUGUGCUUUUUGUUAAGCCCCAGAGAAGACAAGAGGCGGAAAGUUGUGGUGCUUAUGCUGUCAACACCGGGAGUGGACGGGAGGAGGAAGGGUAUGGUGCUGAGAAGAUCCAUGACGUGCCAUACGAGCUCGUAUCCGUGGGUGCUUCAAACCGUAAGAGGCAUUCUGCCCAGGCCAUAGCGGCUCUCCUGCACCAGUUGCCACCUGCACCAGUUCGCCUUGCCUACGUGGAGCAGGACGAGGGUGUAAAGGUAGUCGAGGGGAGGGGUGCACUGGAGGAGGCAGGGGAGGUUGCUGAGAGGGCGCUGCAUGCUCAAGUGUAUGGGCAGGUGGGUGUAUGGGAGCUUGGGGAGGAGAUGGAGGGAUGGACAAGAAUCUUGCUAGGAGGCGAUGGGGAGGAUGGGUCGGAGGAAGGGAGAGCAACACUGUGUGGACAGCUUUCUCUCACAUUCCCUGGCCUUGCUGUUGAAAAUCCCUACUCGUUUCACCUCUCUUCUCACCGUUCUCUUCUCCCCGCCCCACACCCUCUUCUCCUCGCCCUUCUUGGCUCCCCUCUCGCUCUCAUCCCCUCUCUCCUCCCCUCUCUCAUCCCCUCUCUCCUCCCCUCUCUCCUCCCCUCUCUCCUCCCCUCUCUCCUCCCCUCUCUCCUCCCCUCUCUCAUCCCCUCUCUCCUCCCCUCUCUCCUCCCCUCUCUCAUCCCCUCUCUCCUCCCCUCUCUCCUCCCCUCUCUCAUUUCCUCUUCAGUUCGCCUUGCCUAUGUGGAGCAGGCCAGGCCGUUUCCCUCUGAUGGCAAGCAGGUGGGUUCUGCUGGGUGCAAACAGGGUUGGUAUGGCUGUGGCUUUGGCUUCGGGGUGUGGAUGGGCGUGUUGGCAGCAAGUGGGUUUGAGGUCACCGCGGUGACGUCAGUGCGCUGGAAGGCUGCCAUUCGCUCACAAACAUCCCUCGCUUUCACCUCCAAGGAAGACAGUCGACAGUUGGCCCUCUCGCUCUUCCCCUCCUUGGCUGCUCAGCUGAAACGGAAAAAGGACCAUGGUCGAGCCGAGGCCCUCCUGAUUGCCACCUACGGCACAAACCUCUGGGCUCCCUCGGGUGAAAAGGCGAAGAAGGCAAGAGGAAGAGCCAAGGCAGCGAUUGGGGAGGUUGUCAGCACUGGUGAGGGCAUGGAAGAUGGAAGCAGGGGAAAGGAAGCAAAACUGGAUUCACCACCAGUUACCAUGCCUUUACCUGUGAAAUGA